AUGGUAGUUCGUGGCGGGGGGCGGGGCAGCUCAGCCUUGCGGCCCCGGCGCAACACCGGCCACCGCAGAUCGUCGAUCGCUGCGGCUGGGAAGGAGGGUGUUCGCGGUGCAGCGCGGCUGGCAUCUGCGGCUGCCCGGUGGACCCUCCGCACCGACUGCCCCGGCGCGCGUUUCUCGGUCCAUCGAUCGGUGGGUCGGCGCAGCUUGCUAGAAGCCCCUGGCUCCCGGCACCCUCUGAGAGGCGACACCAGACCGAUGGCGGCUCUGUCGGCGGCGGCGACGGCGGCGGCUCUGUCGGCCGUGGGGGUGCGGCUGUCGCGCUCGGCGGCGGCCCGCGGCUCGUACGGCGCCUUCUGCAAGGGGCUCACGCGCACCCUGAUCACCUUCUUCGACCUGGCCUGGCGGCUGCGCACCAACUUCCCCUACUUCUACGUGGUGGCCUCGGUGAUCCUCAACGUCCGCCUGCAGGUACACAUUUAGGGCAACUGACCUUAUGGCAUUCGGGGGUCCCGGAAGGAUGGCUGGCUUCCAUCCCCGGCUCCCCCGCUCUGGAGCACAGCGGCCAGUAGGGUCGCGCGGCGGACUCGCUGGGCUGCCUUCCCACCGCCUUAUCUUUCCCUGUCAAUGGGCGGCUAGAAAUCAUCGUUUGCAGAAAGCCUACAGCAUAACCAAAAAAGCCGAAGAUAGAAUGAAAGGGUGAUUCUCUAGGAAAUAGUUCAAGGAGCAGGAAAGAACUUUAAACUCUGAAAAUCCUCAGAAAUACUUGCGACGUUCUUGCAGCCGUAAAACCCCAAACAGCGCGAACGAGAGGAAA